AUAAUCGAGUGCGCUCUCUCUCUCUCUCUGUCUCUCUGGAAACCUCUCCCCCUCUAGAGAAAACACCAGACACUUCUCUUCGCUCCCUCCACUCCAUCCUCCUGAAACAUCAGGAAGGGACAGUAGCACAAUUACGAAAAUGCCCGUCUUCUCGGUAUAAAUACCUCAUAUUCCCUCCCAACGAACCAACACAGAAGAGCAAUUGGCCAAAGCAAUUCAAACGAGUUCAAUUAGCCAACAAAUCAAACACUUUUCACUCACACAUUCACAAUGUCUCUGAUUCCAAGCAUCUUCGGCGGCCGAAGGACUAACGUCUUCGACCCAUUCUCUCUCGACGUCUGGGAUCCAUUCCAGGAUUUCCCGUUGAUCAGCGGCGGUACCAACGCGGUCUCGUCAGGUCCGCGGUCGGAGCUGGCGAGCGAGACGGCGGCGGUGGCGAACACAAGGAUCGACUGGAAAGAGACGCCGGAGGCGCACGUGUUCAAGGCGGACCUUCCGGGGCUGAAGAAGGAGGAGGUGAAAGUGGAGGUGGAGGAAGGAAGGGUGCUGCAGAUCAGCGGAGAGAGGAGCAGAGAGAAGGAGGAGAAGAAUGACAAGUGGCACAGGGUGGAGAGGAGCAGCGGCAAGUUCCUGAGGCGGUUCAGGCUGCCUGAGAACGCGAAGGUGGAGCAGGUGAAGGCUAGUUUGGAGAACGGGGUGCUGACUGUGACUGUGCCCAAAGAGGAGGUGAAGAAGCCUGAUGUUAAGGCCGUUGAGAUUUCUGGCUAAGAAGAAGACUAAACAGACAGGGGCUUCUUUCGAGUAAAAGUAUUAUCGAGUGUGAAAAAUAAAAAAUAUGUGACAGUCUUUUGGCAUAUUGACGUGUGUGGUGUGUUUCAUCUGUUAAGAAUAAGAUUAAGAAUUUGAUGUAUUCUCAGCUUUAAUUGAGUUUUGGAUCAGUAAUAAUAAAAUAACUUUUGGUUUUUU